CUUGCUUUGUUUUAUUUUCUUGUGUGCUUUCUACAAGAUAAAUGCAGAUUCUGAUUUGAAGCAGUCGAGUGAACAUUGAGCAAUAUUGCACAAGUGGCGCUCUCAAAAAUACGUUUUGAGGAUUUGAUGAUGAUUCGAUAGGUCCAGCGUCAGGUAACGUUAGCGCUUGAGUGGGGGGGAACUCAGGCACCAGCAUACGAUUCGCACACCAUGCUUGAAGGAGAGGCCGAGAAGAAUGAAACCAACUCUGAUGUGGCUGAUUCCCAGGAACAAUCAGUGAAGAGAGGAAUGGGGGAAUUAAUUUCAAAAGGCCUGGCAUUAAACUCUCAAAACAGAAGUGUGGCAGAACCUCCACCUGUAGCCACUAAUGUCCUACCUGACCCCUUGUCCUGCAAUGCUGAGGAAAAAGAUAAAGAAAAGGGCUCCUGUGAAGUAAAUAUAGAUAAAUGUCCACAGCAAUCAAACUCAGAUUUUACCCCUGUCAAUGAGGCUGAUGUGGAUACACAGAAAUAUUCGGAAGACCUUGAAACAAAAGAAAAUGAACCAAAAUCACUGCUGCUUAAUGAAGAAUUAAAUGAACCACAAAAUGACAAUCAAAUGUCUGUUACAACAGAUGAAACCUCAACUCAGUCCGAAAGGAAUGAAGCCCAUUGUUCAACUGCCCAAACAUCUGAGGAAGCUGUCUGUAAUACAUCCUGCUCUAAUAAAAGUGAUAAACAAUGCGAAGAAUAUUCAGACCAAACAAUUCAUGAGGGCUCUGCAGAUGUGGACGUUUCAGACACUGAAAAUCAAGGAGAAUCGCCUUCUGAUUCAUUAAAUGAAAAAGAUGUAACAUUGGAUGAUGCCUUUGAGGAGACAAAUUCAGAGCACAAUAACGAGAGAAUUUCAACUGAAGCCAAUGCUGAGGAAAGUGUGGAGAACACAAAAAACAAACGUGGAUAUCCUUCUUUUUCCCGUGGAAGGCCACGCAAAGAAAAAAGGGUUAUUAAAUGUGAAUAUUGCGGGCGCCCUUUCAAUCAUGCCUCAGCAUAUAUUAUUCAUCUCCGAGUUCACACAGGUGAGAAACCCUUCACCUGCCAGGAUUGUGGCAAAGCCUUCGCUCAACUCUCCAACCUUCGGUCCCACAGCAAAGUCCAUAAAUCCAAAAGUAGGAAACAUCUACACAAACACCAAGAUAGAGCUACACCUGAGAAAAUUGUGGAAGAAAAAGAGGUAAAUGUGACCGACAAACUGGAAAGUGACUCUCAUUGUACCCAAAUUACCCCUAAAAGGAGGAGGCGAGGGAGAGGGAAAGGGAAACCCCAAACAUGUCCGAUCUGUGGCAAAGUCUUCUGCUACAAAUCUGUCCUCAAAAUCCACCUUCGUAUUCACAGUGGAGAAAAACCAUACUCUUGUAAGGUAUGCGGUAAAUCAUUUACUCAAGCGUGCACAGCACGUGUUCAUGAGAGAGUACAUUGGUCUAUUAGACCUUACUUGUGUUCAAAAUGUGGUAAAGGAUUUUCUCAGAUAGGGCCAUUAAAAGUACACACUUGUGAGGGUAAAAGAAACCCUCAUGCCACCUUGAAAGAUAUGGAAUCGGAGGGUGUAAUCAGCUUCAGGUGUCACCUUUGCAAAAAGUGCUUUGGUACCAGAGAUGAGUAUGAAUUACAUUUGCAGGGACACACUGAUACCCAGCGUUACAGCUGUGACCGCUGCAAGCAGACCUUUAGUCUCCUUUCAGAGCUACAUACGCACAACAAGCACUGCGUUGCCAUUCGGCUCGCAAAAGCAAAGUCUUCUUACAGUUCACCUCACAGAUUACAACACAAAAACGCCUUGAAGAGAAGAUCUCCUCAAAGAAUCCGAAGUCCAGCUAAAUCUCCUCCAGCUAAAUCUCCUCCAGCUAAAUCUCCUCCGAAAGAUUUUUCCUUUCCGAGGAAGCUCAAAAAAUCCUCCUCUUUACUUGCUUGUCCUCUUCAGGUCAUGGCCCCCACUGUUUAUGACUCUCAGAAUAAUCUCUAUUCAAUCAGUCAGCCCAUCAAAUCCAGCUAUUUUGUGUCUCAACUGAACAGAACCCGCCAAAAUGCAGAUCCUAGAAAGUAUUUCUGCCCACAAUGUGGACGUAUAUUCCAGCACGUAGGAAGGUUGAGAGCCCAUAUGCUCACUCAUUCCCGCGGUCAAAGCUUCACCUGUAUUGAUUGCAACAGGAUUUUUAAAAACUGGAACAAAUUUUGGAUUCAUCAGCGGCUACAUAGACAGAAAAGAGGGCGUUUUUUUUGCCCCAAGUGUGGGCAGGGGUUUCGAUUUGUGGAACUGUACAAUCAACAUCUACAGAAGCAUCCGGAACUUAAUGCUUACAAUUGUCCCUUCUGUCCUUACACGUUCUCAAAUGCACAAAAGUUGAGGAACCACCAGCUAGAGUGGCACCGCACAACGAUGCCCUUUAUCUGUGAUAUUUGCGGCAAAGGUUUUGCAAGCGCGGUUAUUCUGAAGCGACACAGAGUUGUUCACUGCACAAAUUAUCCAAUGGAGACGCAUUACACCAUUGAUCCGCAGUCUGCUUUGCAUCCUUAUGAAUGCGGUACAUGCAGUGCGAGUUUUGAGAACUUGGACUUGCUUUUUCAUCACCAGCUCCGCCACAAGGCUGUAGAUAAAGGAUCAAUAGCCAUGAGAGGCCAGCUACUUAGGACAGAGGAACAUCAAUCUCAAAAUCUCCAGCAUCAAAGCUAUGACUACAGCUUUUAUGAUAAUAGGAGGCAAGAGAAGCUCCGUUCAUUCCCCUGUUCAAAUGGAGAAGAAAUGCCUCAACGGUUGUCACACUUUGGUCCAGUUACCAUACAUCCAUCACAAAAGUCAAAACCAAACACUGAAGCUCCAAGCACCACCAAAACUAAUCCUCAAACUAAUUAUGGGCAAAUGGUUAAACACACUAAGGACAGUUUUUCAGCAGUUGAAGAAUCAAAUGGUUCAAGUCAGUCACCAUCCAUACUGAAGACAGAGGACACGACUGGUGACUUAAUUUGCACUGAAUGUAAUGCAUGUUUUUUCGAUCUUAUAGAACUACACGGACAUUACUUGGAACAUGCCAGAGGAGAAAUAUAAAUAUUCUGUAAACAUUCUUUUUUUUUCAGUGAGUGUGUGAUGAACAGUUGUAUGGGAAUCACAUACUCCUGAAAUUUGUGAAAUGUUUGCCGUAUAUUUGUUGUCCGUGUAAUAUCAACAUUACUGAUGUGCCGAUACCCAAUUUUGUUUUAAAAAACAUAAUCUUCAAAUAUAUGGACUAGAAAUUCCCUGUAAUGGACAGUAUUGUCUUAUUUAGUAAAUCUAUUAUUGAGUUGGAUAUCUUUUAGUGUUGGUGCUGUAAUUGAAUUUUAUCUGAAGACGUUGCUGUUAACAGAUUAAACAUCUUGACAUCGCUCAUAA